AUGAAGCAGAAGAAUGAAGACGGCGGUUUUGGAGCGAAGAGAAAGCGUCUUUUAUAUGCCAUGUUGAGGACUGCUGCUUCCACGAUGCACUUCUGCCUCUUCGACGCCUUCCCGCUCCUCGUCGUCGAACUCUGGAAGGCAAGCCUCCGUUGGACUGUUCCCAAGCUGGCCCUUCCUGGUCUGAGCAUCGACCAAGGCCUCAGCCGACGCAUCCUGGCCGUCCGUGGCCGUCUUCCACGGCACCCUUCAACGUCGAGUCCUCCCUCUCCUUCCCCUUCAGCUUGGCAAGGCAAGAAUGCAUUCUUCUCCUCGGUAUGGCGCGAGGGCGGCUCACUUUGA